AUGAUUUAAAAGAAAUCUCCAAAGUUUAUUACUAAACUCUAUAAUAUUUUGGAAGUAACUAUUAAUCUUUAUUUAGAAUCAAAACACUGAUGUAAUCCAUUGGAAUGAAGAUGGAGAUGCUUUCUAAAUUAAUGAUAUUGAUAAAUUAGUAAAAACAGUCUUAAGUGUUCAUUACAAACAAUCUAGCUUUCUUAGUUUCUCCAGGUAUCUCCUCUUAUUAUUUAAAUCAGAUAAUUAAAUCAAUAUGGAUUCUAAAAAUAAAGGGUCGGAAAAAAUAUAUAUGUUUUUAAACAUCCUUAUUUUCGAAAAACCUAAAAGUAACUAUAAUAUAUUAUAGUAGGGAAGAUAUUAUCAAUAUUGUUAGCUCUCAUAAAAUUAAAUCUUUCAAAAUUUAACAAUUAGAACAUGAAGAUGAUAAUCUUGUUAACAUUAAUGAAUAAAAUUCCUUAGCAACCACUAUAAAAAAAUUAUAAAACUAAUAAAAGAUGAUUUGCCAAUAAUUUUCAGAAUAAAUUGAAUUAUAAUCUCAAAUUAAAUAGAUCAUUAUAUUUCUUAAAAAAGUAAUAAAUAUAAAAUAAAUUAGAGAAUUUAUGAAUGCGAUCAAACUAUUGAUAAUUAUUGUUUUAUUGCAUAGUUACAUCUAGUCAAAGCAAUGAAUUUAAUCCCCAACGAUGAAGAACACUAAUAAGAAAUAGAAUUUAUCAAAUAAAUAUUAGAAUAAUUUUCCAAUAUUUAUAUGGAAUAUAAUGAUUAAAAUCCAAUAAGUUAAAGAAGCUAUAAUCUUUCAGUUAGAUCUCGUACACCUAUACCAUUUUAUCAAUAUGAAUAACAAAAUUAAAAAUCAACAGGGCUUAUUGAUUAAAAAAAUACGUAAUUAAAAUAAAAUAUAGCAAAUUAUUUAAUAUGGCUAUAACAAUGGUAUCAAGAAGCAUUAUAACUAUAUGGAAAUUUGAAAUGA